AAUGCAGCCGCAACCACCGCUGGACGAGGAUGCUAGAGCUCGAGCUCCCGCCUCCCUCCCCCUUCUCGACGCUCUCCCCCUUCCUCUCCCGCUCCCGGCCUCCUUUGAUUGGUCGUCCCGGCACAAAGAGGUCGGGAAGCGGCGUCGUCACGUGGACUGGAGUGGUUCAGGGUUGGUCGAGAGAGGUCGUCGAUUCCGUAGAGGGGGCGGAGCCGUCCGUUACGUCGCCCUCCUCCCGGGCCCGCCCGCCCGCCGGCCCGGCCGGCCGCCUGUCAGAAGGAGGCGGAGGACUGGAGGCAGGGAUGGUGCGGCUGCGGGUGGCGGCGUCUUCGUCUCCUUCUCCGUUCCGGUCUCUCGCCUUGACUUGUCUCGGCUGGGCUCCGGGCCGUACGACAGCUGCGCGAGUGACCGCCUGACUGAAUGAAUGACCGGCCGGGGCCGCCGCUGCCGCGCGCGCCAUGAGGAGCCUGCCCAUCCUGGGGGGCAUCGCCCUGCUCUGCUGCGUGGCCGCCGUCGCCGCCGCCGCCUCGGUCCCCGCCUCAGCCUCCGCCUCCCCUGCAGCCUCUGCCGCCGGGACAGUCCCGACCCCCGCGGGCGAACGGGACCGCGCCCCCUCGCCUCCCCCCUCUCGAGCCGCAGACACCGGCGGUGACGGGGACCAGGAUCCGGCUGCUGCGGAGCAGGUGGAGGAGCCGGUCAGUCACGCCCCCAUUCCGGUCAGCUUUGCAGCCAGCCCCGCGGCUGAGGGGACCACCGAGCUGGAACCGGAGCCCACGUCUACUAGGACGGAGGCCGUCCCCUCGGGCUCCAGCAGCAUCCUGACCAGAGCCCCCCAGGUCCUGACCCCGACCCCGACUGCGACUAUGAUACUGACUACGACGACCCAGACUGUGGCUGCGACCCCCACCGCGACCCUGACCUUGACUCCGUCGGUGCUCUGGAACGAACCCUCGCCCACCCCACCUGCGGACCAGCCUGGAAACGAAGCUAGCCCCACGCCCAGAGAACACAUGUGUAACUGCAGCAAAGUUGGAAGCCAAGAUGGAAAUCCAUGCAACCAAACUACAGGGCAGUGUGAGUGUCUUCCAGGAUACAAAGGGCUUCACUGUGACUUCUGUGAGGAGGGCUUUUAUCCAGCCAGUACCAAGAUUCAAGGGCUCUGCUGGUCUUGUGACUGCGAACCCCAUGGAUCCAUCAGCCCAACUUGUAGCAGCUCUGGGAAGUGCCAGUGUAAAGAGGGUGUUGGAGGUUCCAAAUGUGACCACUGCCAAGAUGGGUAUUAUGGCUUCAAUGAGACUGGCUGUCAGCCCUGCCAAUGCAAUAAUCAGUCUGUCAUUUGUGAUCCCUUCUCAGGUACUUGUUUGAAAUGCCAAGGAAACAGCAAAGGAGACCACUGUGAAGAAUGCAAAGAUGGUUUCUAUAAGAGUCCCACUUCCUUUCAUAAAUGUCUUCGGUGCCCGUGUUCAGCAGUGACAUCUACAGGCAACUGUUCCAUACAUUCAGGGGAGUUGGUGCCUAAAUGUGAUCAAUGCAAAGCUGGUUACACAGGCCCAAACUGCAAUAUCUGUGAAAAUGGCUAUUACAAUUCUGACAGCAUCUGUAUGAAGUGUGAGUGUUCUGGACACGUGGAUGCCAUCAGAACUCCGAAGAUCUGCAAGCCAGAAAGUGGAGAAUGCAUUGACUGCCUCCACAAUACUACUGGCUUUCACUGUGAAAAUUGUCAGGAAGGCUAUGUCCGAGAUCACAAGGGAAACUGUAUCAAGAAAGAAAUUGUUGUUACCACGACUGAAGGGUCUACCACUUUGGUUUCUAAUGCUACUUUGUCUACGUCACCACUCACUACAGUUGCAAAUAGUACAUUUACCCCCACCACUCUGCAGCCUAUCUUUUCAAUAGGAUCAUCUGAAAAUAGCACCUCAGCAUUAGCUGAUGUAUCGUGGACUCAAUUCAACAUCAUCAUUCUGACAGUCAUCAUCAUUGUGGUGGUCCUGCUCAUGGGAUUUGUAGGGGCUGUAUACACAUACAGAGAGUAUCAAAACCGAAAACUCAAUGCCCCCUUUUGGACCAUUGAACUGAAAGAGGACAACAUCAGCUUUAGCAGUUACCAUGACAGCAUCCCUAAUGCUGAUGUGUCCGGCUUAUUGGAAGAUGAUGGCAAUGAAGUGGCCCCCAAUGGACAGCUGACGCUCACAACUCCCAUACAUAACUACAAAGCUUAAAGCCUGAAUAGAGUGAACCAAAUUCCUCUAGUGUUGCUAAAGCCACAGUGCUUACUAAAGGGAGCAAUAGCAGCAGCAGCAAUGGUGCCUGGGGCAGAACCUGGCCUUGCUUGCUGAAAAAGCAGAGGUGUGUAGUGCAUCCCAAAAUUCAGGUAAAAUUUGUAAUGCCUUCAGCCUGUCAUCCUUUGUUUCCCCAAGAAGAUCUAUAGAAUUCACUGUUGUUAAGGACUUGAAGCAAAAUAUAUUUUUGUACCCAGCCGUGCAGGAGUGUGUAGCAAGACCAAACUCUAUAGUGAAUCUCGUAUCCAACUUCCUGAGAAGAGCCUGGGGAAGCCAGUGUCUGCCAAGCAGUCUGCCAUAGGAUGAUUGAUGUAUGUUUAGGAGGAAAAGGACUAUUGGAAGUCUUCAUAUACAUUCCUAAUACACAUUUCUUUUCAAGGUGGGGCAGGGAUGGAUCUCUCUCCAUUCUAUUUUUCUGAGAGAUAGCAAUGAGAAAAAACUGAUGAGCCACAAGCAUCGCAAUAAGCAGUCUCUGUUGUUUCUAGAAUUUGGGGACAAAUGAAUCCUAAGGAAUUUCUUGGAAAGUUUUUCUUUAGUGAAUUAUCACCUAGUGAUAUAAUAAAGUGCAGGGUGAGAUUCUUGGGCUGGAAGAGAGAAUGAAGUAGUAGCCAUGAUAAGGAAGCUGAUGGUCCCUCUCAGAGUCUAAGUUUAUUAUCUAGUUAGACCUAGUUAAUGCCCCAGCCUUCCUAGAAACAGUGUGUAUAUAGAUAAUGUAACAUAUCAACAUUGCAUUUGUAACUAUUUGUAAAAAAAAUCAUGUCAUAUUUUAUCAUCUAGAAUUUAUUUGUACAGCAGAAGUUAGUGGCAUUGUAAAAAGAAAAUACAAGAAUUGGUUAAAAUACUGUAAAAUAGAUGGCAAUAUUGCUGGAGCUGGGACUCUGGUGAAUAUCGAUCAUUUUAAGUCCCUCUGUGGACGUCAUGGACAAUUUUUAAGAGGUUGAGUAUUUCUUUUCUAUUAUCUUCUCACCCUUCAGUCCCUUCUUCCUGCAAUUCAGCCUUAGAAUUACCCAUAUUUUGACUUUAAAAGAAUAUGAAUAAUUAAAUAUAGUCAAGAAAUAAGGUUCAGUAGAUUUUGAAGUCAGUGACUACCUUGGAAUGCAAAAUCUUGGCACCCUUCACUUAAUGAAAUACUAUCUCACCCUUCAUAAGCAUCUAAUUUUACAUCAUAUAGAUGAACGUGAAAUGAUAGUUGGUACAUAAAUUUCAUUUUGCUAGUAGUCUCCUGAAUGUAAAUGGUAGUCUUCCAAAGGAAAUGAGGAAGUCCUCAUUUCAAAAAAAUGAAGGGUUAUUGUCACAUCACCAGGGCCCCUACUCUUUCUGUCUGUGAAAUGUCUAUCUUUUGAUCCCCACCCUCAAAAAAUGUUUUUCUCACUGAAAUGUUGGACCACCAUGCUGAUUUUGAUCUGCUUCUGAUGAUGUAUAACUAGCUAUUCUAUUUGCAUAGACUCUCUACUUCUCAUGCACUAUAGUGGAGGGGUUAAAUGGUCCUGGAGGGAUUUGCAGUGCUUAGUAAUUAGAACAUAUAUCCCUUCUUCACACACCCUCUAAGAGUGACUAUAUGCAUGAAGGUAGCUAUACAGCAAGGUGUCCAAGCACUGUCCCCACUUUAAGAUAUAAUGCAUCCUUGGGAACCAGGCCUCAAGCAUAUUACAAGAAAGUGAAAUUUUGCCUGCACAUAAGCCAUUUGGAUGCAGGUUAAAACCAUCAGUUAUGCUGAUUUUUUUCAAUAAAUAUUGAAAGGUAAAGGAAGCAGCAGCAGGGUAUAAAAGAAAAGGCCUUGGACUAAGAGUUGGCAGAUCUGCAUCCUGGUUCCUGCUCUGCUGCUAAUUAGCUGUAUGACUUUGCUAAAUCACUAAACAUCUGUGACCCCAAGUUUCCUCAUUUACAAGAUAAGACAAUUAGGCUACAUGAUCUGUAAUGUCCCUUCUGGGUCUGGAAUUCUGUGAUUCCAAAUAUUAGUAUCAAUAAGGAAUAUGGAAUGAGCAGUUUGGCAAAAAGGAAUUCAAGUGGAUUUGUUUCUCUAAAUGAGAUCAGAGUCAAAGGCUAGUUCAAAUAUAGCACAAAGAUACUACUCUACAGAGACUUCUAGCUCAGUCUCUUGUCUUUGCUGGUGGUGUAGUUGGUACCUAGUCCAGUUACCUACUUUAUGUGGCCUGAUAAUCAUUGCUUGGGGAAGAGCAGAUAUUCAAUUAACUAACUUCAGUUAUGGCCAACAGAAGUAGGGGGGUGGAUUACACAGAUAGAUGAAGACAUCUAUAAGAGUUUUCCAUUGUUUUAGCAGAAUGGGUCAUCGAUCAGCUCCAGACUUUGUUGGACUCUGCUGAAAGUGAUGUUGAUUCUAUUUGUGACAUUAAUAAGAUGUCAGCCUUACCAGCUUAUGCUCAAUUCAGUCAAAACAGAUGUGGGGAGGGAUUCUGUGGAUACCAGAAUAAAGUCCUUAAAAGGAAUUGUAAAAACCUGAAUGUGCUUAUCAUCCGUUUCCCCCAUUAUUCCCCCUCCACCACCACCACACCAUCUUGUGUCUGUAAUGCCAACCAAUGGAUUAUCUUUCCAUAUGUUUUAAUAUCCCCUAGCCUUGCUCUUAAAAAUGAUUCUUUAUUGUAAUAAUUAAAAUAUAGCCCACUAAUUGCAAUAGUACGCACACAAAAUUAUUUAUCAAGUUAGAAGCCCUGAAAGUUUGUAAUUUGACAAAGUAAAAAAUUAAUUUUACUUUUCUGCAUAUUUUCAACUCCUUUGAGGAAGGCUGUCUUCAUAAACUAUGGAAUAGUGAGCAUGACUUGAAAAAUCCAAUGGUUGGAAGAAUCCAGAUGUUAGAAACCUUUAGAAAUCAAUGUAGCACCAAAUAAGACAAGACUACCUUAUGGGAAUUUGAUUAGAAAAAGAAAAAUUGCUGAUUGCUAGUAGGUGAUGACUUCAUCUCUGCCACCCCUAUCAUCAAUCAGGAAACAGAUUCCCCAAAUGCAUCUGCUCUAGGCAAAAUUGCUAAACAGAUAAAUUUUGUCUUUAAAAAAAUCUUUUUCUGAGUCUUUAUAUGGAAGGGCAUUACAUCCUCUGCUGAAUAUCAUUUACCCUUGUUUUGUUCACUUAGACUUCUUGGACCCCAAAUAUCCAGUAAUCGCCAGCCAUCUACUCCCAAGAAACUCAUUCAUUAAUGAAUUCAUUCCAGUGUCUUAGGGACUUAGUAUGUUAACUCUGUCAAGUUUGUGCUUUAAAAGAGUUUAGUGGACUUUGAGGGUAGAAGGAAAGAUUUUGGGUGGAGGACCUUAAAUCGUACCAUGUGUAAUUCUACUGUGCCCACCAUUUCCAGCCUCAGAGAUCCAAGAAAAUUUACAUCCUGUCUAGAAUUCCAACUCUUAACCAGGGACCUAAAGCAGUGAGUGACCCUUACUUUACAUCUUGAAUUGAAAUUAGCACUAUAGGAUAUUUAGUUUGGGCCUGUAGGGAUAGAGGUGGAAGCUCUUCCUAGGGUAUAUGUUGAUCUGUGUUAUCAUCCUCAAGAAAAGGUUCUCUAUCAAGAAAUGUGUGCCAUCAUUUGAAUUACUCACCAUUAUACAUUGGGCAUCAUCUGGUUCAUUAAGAAAAUAAAACUCAUUAAUUCAUAGAAAAGUUCUAAAAAACAUGUUUUAGAUAGGUAGGGCAGAAAGAUGAAAAAAAGUCCAGAGAAGGAGAAGACACUCUGGCAAGUCUCCCAAAGAUCCUUUGUAAAUGGAGACAUGGUUGGUCUUCUAGGUGGGGAAAAAGGGUGGCAGGAGGGUUAUUUGCAGGGAUAAAAGUUCACACUCUGAAUAUUAGCUAAUGUCUGCCCAGGGGGAAAGUGAGAGCCAUUUUAACUAAUAGGAACUUGUCUGAAAGAGCCAAAUGAUAUCCAUGGGACCAAAGGCUUUGGAUUAAUAAGGUAUCAGUGGUUAAAUGAAGUAUUUUCCAAGACUGUUGUAGGUAUAUCAUCCUUAUUUCAUAAGAUGCAAGUCAUACUUAUACAUACUAAAUAACUUAGCUCAACUAAAAGACAGGAAGCCAGGUCCCAAGCCUUAGUCAACUUAAAUGAUUUUGAGUUAAAUUUGAUUCAAAGGCACAAGAGCUCUGCUAGUCAUUCAGUCAACCUAUUGUGAUAUAUGUCUCUCUGAAGCAACAAAUGAACUUCUCUUUAUCUCACUAAAAUCCUAAUGCAGAUUUACAAAGAUGUCUCACACAUUUACUGUACUAAGCUUCAAAAUAAAUUUCUAAAAAUGUGUAUGAUUUGAAUAUAUGAAAGAAUUUAUACAAGAGUGCUAUUUAAAAUGAUUAAAAUAAAUGUAUAUAAUUUGUACCUAUUGUA